GGGCUGCUCCCCUGGGUCCUGAGCGCAGCCGGAGGGAGCCGGGGCCGGGGACGCGGAGCCAGCCGCUGGGAAGGAGCCCGGGGCCGGUGGCUGCAGGCUGCGCCUGGGCGCGUCCCGUCCUCCCGCGUCCCUCCUCCGUGCCUUCCCCGAGUGGGUGGGUGCCCCUGGCCGGUCCUGCCGGAGCGGGGGGACGGCCGGCAUCCCGGGCGCACUGCAGCCAUGGCGUGCAGCCUGAAGGACGAGCUGCUGUGCUCCAUCUGCCUGAGCAUCUACCAGGACCCGGUGAGCCUGGGCUGCGAGCACUACUUCUGCCGCCGCUGCAUCACCGAGCACUGGGUGCGGCAGGAGGCCCAGGGCGCCCGCGACUGCCCCGAGUGCCGGCGCACGUUCGCCGAGCCGGCGCUGGCGCCCAGCCUCAAGCUGGCCAACAUCGUGGAGCGCUACAGCGCCUUCCCGCUGGACGCCAUCCUGAGCGCCCGGCGCGCCGCGCUGCCCUGCCAGGCCCACGAGAAGGUGAAGCUCUUCUGCCUCACGGACCGCGCGCUCGUCUGCUUCUUCUGCGACGAGCCCGCCCUGCACGAGCAGCACCAGGUCACGGGCAUCGACGACGCCUUCGAAGAGCUGCAGCGAGAAUUAAAGGAGCAACUUCAGGCCUUGCAAGACAGCGAACGGGAACACACAGAGGCCCUGCAGCUUCUCAAGCGCCAACUGGCCGAGACAAAGUCAUCCACCAAGAGCCUGCGGGCCACCAUUGGGGAGGCCUUUGAGCGGUUGCACCGGUUGCUACGUGAGCGCCAGAAGGCCAUGUUAGAAGAGCUGGAGGCGGACACGGCCCGCACGCUGACCGACAUUGAGCAGAAGAUACAGCGCUACAGUCAGCAGCUGCGCAGGGUCCAGGAGGGCAGCCAGAUCCUGCAGGAGCGGCUGGCUGAGGCGGACAGGCAUGCCUUCCUGGCUGGGGUCGCCUCGCUGUCUGAGCGGCUCAAGGGGAAGGUUCAUGAAACAAACCUGACCUAUGAAGACUUUCCCACGUCCAAGUACACGGGCCCCUUGCAGUACACCAUCUGGAAGUCUCUCUUUCAGGACAUCCACCCUGUCCCGGCCGCUCUCACCCUGGAUCCCGUCACCGCCCACCAGCGGCUCAUCCUAUCUGAUGACUGCACGAUUGUAGCCUACGGGAACCUCCACCCCCAGCCCCUGCAGGACUCGCCCAAGCGCUUCGACGUGGAGGUGUCGGUGCUGGGCUCGGAGGCGUUUGGCAGCGGCGUCCACUAUUGGGAGGUGGUGGUUUCCGAAAAGACCCAGUGGAUGAUUGGGCUGGCUCACGAGGCCGUCAGCCGCAAGGGCAGCAUCCAAAUCCAGCCCAGCCGGGGCUUUUACUGCAUCGUCAUGCAUGAUGGCAACCAGUACAGUGCUUGUACCGAGCCCUGGACCCGGCUCAAUGUCAAGAACAAAUUGGAGAAGGUGGGGGUCUUCUUGGACUAUGACAAGGGACUCCUCAUUUUCUACAAUGCGGAUGAUAUGUCGUGGCUGUACACCUUCCGGGAGAAGUUUCCUGGGAAGCUCUGCUCCUACUUCAGUCCCGGUCAGAGCCACGCUAAUGGCAAGAAUGUGCAGCCUCUGCGCAUUAACACGGUGCGCAUUUAGUGACCGCUGCUGCCUUGGGGGAUUGGGCAACAGACCUCAGAGCCGGGAAGGAGAAAGACAGAACGUUGCCUUCGUUAGGAGGCCCCACUGUGCCUCCUGCCCUGAUCUGUGAGAUGGGUCACCUCGCCCUUUGCCAUCCACCCAUGCUGGUAUCCUCUGCCGCUGGGGCCUUGCCAGAUGGCAGCUGCCCCGGUGGUCUGUAGCCUCAGGGAAAUAGAGAAGUCACUUCUCCCUGGACAGCUUGAGGCUUGCCCAUGACCGGUUCAGGGAUCAGAUACUUCCCCUUUAACCACAGGGGUUGUUUCCUUACUCUGAUCCCCAUUUGGCUCAUAGCCAUUAUUCACUCUCCAGACCUGGGAGCUUCAAACCACCCACCUGCCCCAGAUUCCCAAGCAAUGUUUUUCCUUUUCUUUCUCCAUGAACUAUGCACAUGGUAGUUCACACAGCCCCUCAUAGCAGCAGCCUCUCUUGGUCACACAGGCUGCAGGUUUCCUCAGUGCUAGCAGUGCUAGUAUUUUUCUCAAACAUGAGGGUGAAAUAACAGUACCUCAUGGGAGUGAGAGCCCCUCUCAGUACCAGUCCUUUGGAGGAAGAUGCUGGAUUGGUUUAGUCUUGGUGGGUGAGAUAGUACACGGACCCCCUAUCCCAGCCUCAGAGAUUUUAGAGAAAGAUGUGGGGCUUGGGGAGGAGGAUUACCAAAGGGCAGGAUGUGGGGCCACAGGGACUAUCAGAGGGACCUCAGCAUGCCAUUGUGGGAUGGGACAAGAUUGGAGGAGUAAGGACAUUAGCUCUGAGUAUAGGAUUGCUUCUUUGGUGAGAAACUAUCUCAUCACUUAACCUGACCCUAAGCUUAGCUUUUCAAAUGGAGCUUCAAGAUGAGGAUAUAGGAAAGGAGGCUUUGGAGGAGCAGGUCUCUUUAUAGUUAACUCUUGGUGCCCAAAUCAAGGACUCUUAAGCAUGUAACAAAGAAGAAAAGAAGCCUUGGGAAAGGCCCUGACUACAGCCUGGUGAAAUCAUUGACUGGUAGUCUGGUCUAGGCUAUGCUUCUACAAGACCUCGGAGUUUGGGGCUUUGUAUGAGAGGGAUGGGCCAAAGGACUUCUGGGGGCUGAUCUUCAGUAGCUGACUUUCCAUAGCAGGCCUGCCCAGCAGCCUGGACUCCAAGGAGGUUCAUUUCAGGAAAGAAAGGACUCUGUCCAUUUCGAAACCCUGCUGCUAUCGGAAUUGGGCCCAAGCCUUUCUCGUUCCCCUAGCUCAAAUCACCCUAUCCACGGCAGCUCUGAUUUCUCAGGGAGAAAAGGGGGGCUGUACUGUCCCCCAAGUCAAAACUGAGAUUUUCUUCUUCUCCCUGACUCCUGAAACUGUUUCUAGCUGUGAGCAUAGCCCCUGGUUGCCCAGUUAGUCAUUUCAGGGCCAGAUCCUUUCAGGCAAAUUUGAGAUUCAUUCUCAAAUCACCAGUAUUCACAAAGUGAGACCAGGAGUUGAAACAUCUUAGCUCAUGGGAAAACAACAAUUAUGGCAUGGCUCAGAGCCCCCAUAUCCUCACCCCAGUGUGCCUAAUAAUCAGCAGUUCCACUUAGUCUCCUCGGGACCCCAAGGCAGCAAUGAAACAAUGGAGUAGAUUGGGGAUGCUCAGGGGGUUCCCCAAUGGAAGGAGCUGCUCUGGAGGGACAUGGUUGGGAAAACUGGGCUCAAUGCCUAUACAACCUCUCUCUCCUUUCCCUCAUUCUUUGAUCUUCUUCACUCCCCAGAAUGCAGUAUUUAUAAUUUUAAAAAAGAAGGAAAUAAAGAAAAAGAAAAAAAAAGGUUACUAUAUCCAUUUUGUGGUUAAUGGCGCGUUUGUACAAUAUUAAAUUAAAGUUAUGGGAUAUUAUGGUUUGUUUUUCUCAAUGAACAGGGUCCUCUGAUCAUAGAUAGGCAAAAUCUCCAAGCCUUGGUUGGACUCAUUUUCCUAACCUUCUCUGCCUCCUGCUUGCUUUGCCCAAUUUCUUUUAAGAGUAGCUCCCUCCUCCCUUUCUCUGUCUGGAGUUAAGUCCCCUAAU